AACUAUAUACAUCACAAAUCAGAACAUACAAAAUACUAAGCCACGGGAAGAAACUGAAAUGAACAAUUAUUGUAAAUUGCAGACAAUACUAACAGGUAACAUGUUCACAGGUAACAUGUAGAUGGAGUGUAUACAUGUGUAGAUUCGUUGAUAGCUACAAAACAAAAUAAUCAAUUAUCCAGUUUGGACAGAUUUGACGAAAAAAAAGUCAUGGUUUGAAAAUGUGUUUUUAGAAGAUAAUACUAUUUUGUUCAAUCUACCUGAUGUAAGAUGCUCGUUCGUCAGGACAACCAACUAAUUAAAAACAAAUGAAGUGCAUUAGGUUUCAUAUCAAGAAAUACAACUGAAAGAAAUUGAUUGCUUGUGUGGUACGGUACAUGUGGUUGUACCAAAAUACAUGAAAUAACAUUUUGUUCGUCAAAAUUAUAUAUUAGUGAUUUAUCGAAGAUGGAAAAAAAACUAAUUUCCGCUGGCCGAAAUUGGCAUAUUUCAUGAACCAGAAGUUGAAGAAUCGACACUGCGGGCGAAAUGCAUUGUGGGUUGAGGCACGAGCGCUUAUCUUACGCACGUCCUUUAUUAAAAGCUUGAACGCUGCCGCAAAGGGGAGUAACACAUGUGGCAAAAUGGCGGCUCAUAUUCUAGUGAAUGAAAGUAGACUUACGUAGCUGCAUUUCUGCAGAGUAAGGCUUUUUGCUAUAGUAAAGAUAAAUUCUCGAAAAUCCUUAGUUUGGUUAUAGGCGCAGUCUCUCCAGUCGUUUUUGUUUUGUCAUGAAUAGUAAUUACCUUAUAAUUUGUAUCCAGAAUGUAUACUUUUUAGUAAACUAUAUGUCAGGGGUAGAUUUGGCAAUCAGGCAGACCAUUUCUUGGGGUCGCUGGCAUUUGCCAGAAUGCUCAAUCGGACGCUGGCAGUCCCGCCCUGGAUCGUUUAUCGGCACCACACGCCCCCUUACACCAAUAUGCACGUCCCCUACGAAGAGUUUUUCCAGCUGGAUACCCUGCAUGAAUACCAUAGGGUGGUGAGUCUGGAGGACUUCAUGGAGCAUUUAGCACCUGCACACUGGCCUCCGGGCAAAAGGGUGGCUUAUUGUUUUGAGGUGGCUGCCCAGCGCUCUGCUGACAAGAAGACCUGCCCCAUGAAGGAUGGCAAUCCGUUUGGUCCAUUCUGGGACCACUUUGCAGUGGAGUUUGAUAAGUCAAUACUUUUUAGUAGUAUAUCCUUUGGAUCCUACUAUGAGACCCACUGGAUGAAAAAAUUCCCUCCUUCUGAGCAUCCUGUCAUGGCUCUCCCUGGAGCUCCAGCCCAGUUUCCGGUUCAGGAGGAGCAUUUAGGUUUGCAGCGUUAUAUGGUGUGGUCAGAUAAGAUGGUACAGGUGGGAGAGGGGCACAUCAAGGCCCUGCUCAGUCGACCAUACGUCGGCAUUCACCUGAGGAUUGGAUCAGACUGGCAAAAUGCCUGUAAGCUUCUGGAAAAUAAGGACACAGGGCCCCAUUUUAUGGCGUCCCCGCAGUGCGUGGGGUACAGUCGUCACACGGCUCGACCUCUGACCAUGACAAUGUGCCUACCCGACCUGGUGGAGAUUAGCCGUGCCCUCAGGCUGUGGGUUAAGAAGAUAGGUGCCCGCUCUGUCUACAUUGCAACUGACUCGGAGUCCUAUAAGACUGAGAUCCAUAAGCUCUUUAAGGGAAAGGUGAAGGUUGUCAACCUGCAGCCAGAAACGGCACAAAUUGACCUGUAUAUUCUGGGACAGGCAGAUCACUUCAUUGGGAACUGUGUGUCUUCCUUCUCUGCUUUCGUAAAGAGGGACCGAGAUAUCCAUGGACGUGCCUCAUCUUUCUUUGGCUUGGACAAGCCUGGAAAGAGGGAUGAGCUUUAAUAAUAUUAAGUAGUAUUCAGGUGUAAACCCUUAUUUACUUCAUUUCAUUAGUCUGAAAUAUUUGUCUGAAAUGGCUAUGAAUGGUUUUUACCCAUAGAAAUGAGACUUGGUAGGCCAGCAAAAAGGAAUAAUUAAUAAUGGAAAUGGCUACUUUUUAGUAUCUCUUUAAUAUACGUAUGUUGAAUUGGGUAAUGUAGAAUUGAGAUACACUGAGUUUCCAAAAUGUAUAUUUUUAUAUGCACUACAGUAUUAAGCUAUAGAAUGCCAGUAUGAUACUGAUUCGUUUAUUUGGUCCAGCAGGCCUUUCAUGGUGCUGGAGCAUUUCCAGUUUCCCAAACAGAAUUUUGCUUCAAUAGUUGAAUUUGAAUCCCAGUCAAGAGAGGAAGAACCUGGGUCAAUUCAUUAAGUGCAGUCAUUCUCUGUGGCUACAAAAAGUACAUCCCUUUCAGAGAGCACAUUAUAAAAGGGAAAACAGGGGGGCGCAGAACUUUUUUUUCUUCUCAGCUGGAUUUUUCAUCAUGUGAGCAUGGGCACAUAUAGGUGGUGGUAACUGAUCCUGGGGAUGCUAAUUAUAGGGAGGUCAUUAUAGUGUUACCUCCUUGUAUAUCUUUCUGUUGCACACCGAUUUGUGUGUCUAAAUUUGCCAGCUAUUUUCCAAAGACCCUCUUGAACUCACUCUGUACUUGUUUCCCUUAAUGUCAGGCAUGGGCAGAGUAAAUGUGAGUUGAGAAGACACUGAAUAGAUUUUUGUUUGUUUGUGAAGUCUUGUUUUACAAUAUUGACUGCUUCCUUUAAGUAAGAUGUUUUCAGAAUGCUGUAUAGUUGUGUUAGCAGUGUAUUAUCAUUUCAUCUGCAUUAUUUUAAACAUGGAGUAAUCAUGAGGGUUUUCCCUGUCUUUAUUGUAACUUAAAAAUACCUACACUAUGAAGACCUAUGACCUGGAAGUGCAAACAUUCUUUUUCCAUUCCAUAUAAUAACGUCCAGUAUAUACUGUUAUGUGUCCGUUCAAUUACCAUGUGCUGCAGGUGAAAUUUGAAGGGUGGCCAGAUUUUGUUCAGUUGUAAACACCAACUAAUUUAAAUGCCUUUGGAACCAUUUGCGCAUGUGAAUUAUUUCUCCAAAUCAUCUUGCACUUUGUAAUGUAUACAGCUGUGUAUCGUCUGCAUUGACUUUUGUAACACGAUACAUGGAAAUUGUAGAAAUGACUUCACAUUUUGGAUUCUAGCAAAGUAUGCUAGUAUUACAUCGAAAGACUGCAAUACUAAAAAGUAUAACUAUGAAAUAUUGCAAGACCAAUUUAUUUGUUGAAAUUAUGUCUUUGUUUUGUAUGUUUUGGGAUUUAUCGCAAUAUGACUACCGUUUUGAGUACCGAAAGUACUCAAAUGUAGUCACUGCUAUUUUUAAAACUUGCAAAUGGAUGUCUUUGGACAGAUUUUGAUAAUACUGUAUUUCAGAUAAUAUGGUUUUUGUAAAAUAAAACUUUCUUGUUC